AUGUGCGAGUUUGGUGAUUUUAAGGACAUCGCAAUUCGUGACAAGCUUGUGUGUGGCAUCAACGACCCGGAUGUGCAACAGCGUUUAUUUGAUGAAGAGAAUCUGACGCUUAGUAAGACGGAGAAGAUCAUCAUCAACAGGGAGAUAGCUGGAGCAAGGCGUAAGCUAGUGUCCCGUGAAUCCGGUCGUAACAAAGAGAGGAAAUCUGUGAAGUUUGUCGAUUCUCCUGCAGCAAAGCCGAAGUUGACGGAGUAUCAGAAAAGUUUGCGUCGUCGGCUGAACAGAUCUAUUUCGGAUGAUGAGGAGAUGGAGUGUAUGUUGAUCUCUUCCAUCAAAACCAUCAACGAACCGUGUUUCCGCACAGUUGUAGUCGAAGGUGUGCGAUUAGAGAUGGAAAUAGACUGCGGAGCUGCAGUUUCCGUCAUCAGUAGUGAGACGUACGAGGGAGAAUUCGCCGAUAUCUCGAUGCAGAAGUGUACCAAGAAGUUGGCAGUGAUCAGCGGAAGUCGAUUAGCGGUCGAAGGACAGAUUCCGGUGCAGGUUGAGUUGAACGGACGACGAAAGACUGUUAAGCUGAUUGUCUUGAGGAGUGGAAGCUCGUUUACACCGCUACUUGGACGUGAUUGGCUUGACAUCUUCUAUCCUGACUUGAGAAAUGCGUUUGGCAAUGGGGCGAACGUGAACCAACUGUCGUUUCCGGCUUCAGAGGAACAAAUUGUGGACGAUGUCAAAGGUUUCCGUUGGAGGGAGAGUUUACUCUGCUCACCGAAAUCAGCUGAAGCUGGUGGGUACCCCAAAGCGCCGAGGUUUGUUCUUGGGGAGGAGCGAGAGCAGUCAACGGAGGAAGCGUGCUAG